AUGUCUUCAGCCAAGUCCUCUCGGUCUCAACGCCUUCAGAUGCUUGGGACUGCCUCGCUACCAGCGCUUCUCAUCGGCGGGCUCAUCCUCAUCCUAGUUGGUGUCAAUGCUUUUUCGAGCUCUCCUUCUUCAGAGUUGAACCCUCGUUCGCCAGGUGAGUUUGGUGAGCCGAGUGUCACGGGCCAACGUAUCUUUAGGAUUGGUCGUGAAUGGAGUAUCCAAACCUGGAUCGCCAUUGCGGGCAUUGCUUUUGGAUUGUUGUCGUUCGGCUUCACAGAAACAUACAUACAUAUGUUCGACGCUUGGUGUAGCCGACAAGCUCAGCAUGAUAACGGCCUUGACUAUGCCCGAUAUCUCAAUUCUCAGGCCCGGGCACCAGUACGUUACGGCCUCAGAGGGUAUCCGGCCUUUAUCACUCUGAGAUACAUCAUUACUGCCAUGGGCAUCGCUGUAUCAAUUGGCUACAAAUUCGCUUUCGUUACCCCGGAAGUUAAGGUCAAUGAAAACCUCAGCCUAGAUGUAAUCGACUAUCUGCCUCAUCGGAUGUCAAUGACAACACAUAACUCCUCCUCCUCUGAUCUGGAGCCUUGGAUCUCCGACGGUCCACUCUGGCUCGAAAGUCGCUCGUUCCUUCAUUCUAAUAAGCCUUCGAUUCUGUUUAUGAGCCCAAGCUUCUACGAGAAUACAAGACUUCCACCCACCACGGUGACGAUGGUUGGCCAUGGGAGUUGUAGGCAUGGCAUUACUCUCAAAUCUGCUUUCAGCCCGACGGAUAGUGGGACUCUAUAUACCCGAGAGUUGGCACUGGCUGCUACGGGCUCAGCGGCUAAAGGCACGUUUACCAUGAAAGAAGACAAAGGCGACUGGCAGAGGAUUGAGGUUCCUAACAGCAGAUUUUUCAAUCCUCCACAAAAUGCAAUCAUCGAAUAUCGCGUUCCUGAGUUUGCAGUGCUUCAGGUCCAAUGGGCAAAGGCACCCGACAAUUCUUCAGGAACAUGGGAAGUGCCCGUGGUCCAGCGCUUCCAAUACACUAUCAACGGAAACAUGGCUCUAGUCAGAAGACGUAUAGUAGACCAAAACUGCAUACACCUCACUGGCCCUGGCUUGAAUUACUUUUCUUACAAUACAGGCACUCUAGAGAACGCUAUCCUAAAAAGAGGGAUCGUAAGAAAAGAGGAAAUAGGACGGGAUUAUUUUAAUAUCACCAAGAAGAUGCCUGAGUACAGUAUUUGGCUGGAGCCUCUAGUAAAGACUCAAGAUGCUACGCUUGUCACUGCCAUUAGUGCAGUCGUCAGAGUGGUCAUGACCGUUUACAAGAUGGACAUGGGACCAACGAUGGACAUUGAAGAGGGCGAUAUGCCAUUUGGGGAAGAAGGGGACCCUUUUUCAGAGGUAUACCCAGGAACAAAGGCUCCAUUCUAUGUGGGAACGCGAGCGGGCAAGUACUCGGGAUGUCAUACCAACGCGGCGGUUGUCUUUAUUCUUCUCGGCUGCUUUGCUAUCUCGGUUGCGAUAUUCCGUGUAUGGCUCGGUCCACCUGUUUUGACUUCGUGGAUGGGCCAACAUGUAUAUCUAGCUCGUACAGAAGCUAUUUCUCUGUCUGGGGACGUGUUGAGUUUGGCUUCAGGGUACGAAGUGGCUAAACAGGAUCUCGGAAGACUACGGUUGUCAACCCAGAAGGGAGAAGAAUCGGGCGCCAUGUUGGAACACGACAAUAGCACCGACUCAGAAAGACAAUCGACAAAGGAACGAGGAGAGGAGGCUGGUGAAGUCAAUGGGGUCAGGUUACCCUCAGAGUAUCAGGAUAAUUGA